GGCCAAAAUCUCCGUUUCUCCAGAGCCAGGCUCCACUCGCUCCCUGUCCUCGCAGCUCAGAGCACGCGCAGGCCCCUUCCCUGUGUCCUGGCGUGGAGCUCGCGCAGCCGCCUCGCCUCGCCUGGAGCUCGCGCAGCCGCCUCGCCUGGAUCUCGCGCUAGGGUUGGAGCCAGGGUCCUCACAGCCGCCUCUAUCCUCGCCUGGAGCUCGCGCUAGGGUUCCUCUCGCAGCCGCCGCUGUUGAGGUGCUACUUGCAAAAGCGUGUACUGAACAGCUCAAAAGGCCCUGUUGUACGUGCACUGCGUGCUCAGACUGAUAAGAGAGAGUAUGCAAUAGAGAUGAAGAACAGUGUGGAAAGGUCAGUGUAUACUAAGUUGCUAACUUUACUUGGAUUUGUAAUCUUGUCUGGCACCUCCAUAAGUGGUUAGUGCUACAUAAUUUCUGAAUAUGUUUCGUUUAGCUGACCUCAUUUAAGUUAUGUUAAUUUGAUCAUCAUUUCAGAGCUUCUUAGGUUGUACUCACAAAAUUGUGAUCUUUGGCUUAAACUAUAUCAAACAUGACACCUUCUCAAAAUUUGGCACCAGAUAUUGUUGUUACUGUAUUAAGACCAUGGUUCUGCAUGACUAGUCUUAAUUUCGACUACACGGCGUUGUAUUCUCCCACAGGAGUUUUAUGACAUUUCCUGCAUCUAGUAUAUGCUGUAAACCUUGCAGGUCCAUAUGGUAAAGGAAAUCAGUGGCGAAGUCUAUCUUUUUCUCCUCCUGCCGUACGUCCGUUCCAGCUUGCAAAGCGCUCGCGAGCUGCUGCCAUGGCCAGCGCCGGUGCACCCGCAGUUCCCCAGGCUGGUCGCCCAGCCUCCAACUUCGACGUCAUCGUGGUGGGCGCCGGCAUCAUGGGCAGCUGCACGGCGCACGCGGCGGUGUCUCGCGGCGCCCGCAUCCGGUUGCUGGAGCGCUUAUUUGAGAACAGAUAUGGUACACAUAGAACAAUGAUGUUUUUCAGAGUUAGAUUAACUUGAGUUCUAUGCAUUUUCUUAUUUGAGAAUAAAUAUGCUACACUUGUAUAGAACAAUGAUGUUUUUCUAAGUAAAUACUAUCAGUAAUUCUGGCUGA